UUAAAACAUGGGUUACACAUGUGAUUUCUGUGGCGACCAAAGAUCUAUGGUAUACUGUCGAUCUGAUGCAGCCUCCCUAUGUUUGUCAUGUGACCGCAAUGUCCAUUCCGCAAAUGCCCUUUCGCGACGCCAUUCGAGGACACUUGUGUGUGAAAGAUGCAAUUCACAACCUGCAUGUGUUAGAUGUGUUGAAGAGAGGAUAUCUCUUUGUCAGAACUGUGAUUGGACGGGGCAUGCUGGUUCUAACUCAGGUUCUACACAUAAGAGGCAAACACUUAAUUGUUAUUCUGGUUGCCCUUCUGCUGCAGAACUUUCAACAAUAUGGUCAUUUCUUUUGGAUGUCCCUUCUGUUGGCGAUUCUACUUGUCAGCAGGGAAUGGGAGCAAUGAGCAUCACUGAAAACUGUUCGGGGAACUCCCAAGGUCCUUCAGGGAAUAAUAACAAUCAAGAUAUCGCUAUCGCAGUUGAAGAGAGUGACUUGCAGAAAGCAGAUAGCUCAAACGUUUGGAUGGGUUCCACCUCAAUGCCUCUACCUGACACCAGGCUGAAAAAUGUAGACCUACCAGUGGGAUCCACAUAUUCUACGCCACCCAAGCUGUACUGUUCUGAAACUAAGGGGACUGAACAAUGUGAAGACGAUGGUUUUUACGAGGACUUCGAUAUGGAUGAGGUUGACUUGAACAUUGAGAACUACGAAGAACUGUUUGGUGUAACUCUGAAUGAUACUGAACAGCUUUUCGAGAAUGAUGGGAUUGAUAGCUUGUUUGGGAUGAAGGACAUGUCUGGCGCCGAUUCCAACUGUCAGGGUGCACAUGUUACUGAGGGGUCGUCAAUUGGACUGGUGAAUGCAAUGCAGCCAACAUGCAGCAAUGCACCAUCUGCUGAUUCCUUGAUGAGCUGUAAGACGGAACCGAACCCUUGUUUUCCAAGGCAAGCUCCAUCCAAUCUCUCAUUUUCUGGCCUCUCUGGGGAGAGUGGUGCUGGAGAUUAUCAAGAUUGUGGGGCUUCUUCAAUGCUUCUCAUGGGAGAGCCUCCAUGGUGUUCCCCAUGUCCUGAAAAUUCCUUCCCCUUGACUAGCAGGAGUAGUGCUGUUUUGCGUUAUAAGGAAAAGAAAAAGGCCCGCAAAUUUGAGAAGAAAGUGAGGUAUGCCUCUCGCAAGGCAAGAGCUGAUGUAAGAAGGCGUGUGAAGGGACGCUUUGUCAAGGCUGGUGAUGCUUACGACUACGACCCACUGAUUCCAGAUGAAGUUUUUGUUAUUCUAAAUAAUGUGAACAGGUUUUCUUGCUGCUUAGCUCUGCAUUCUGGGGAUGGGAUUGCAGUGUUAGGAGGUUUCGUUCCUUUCGAUAUUGUUGAGGUUUAUGUCAGAUGA